ACGAUUCCUGCACGCUUUACUGCUAGCAGUGUUUUCGUAGUUAAAUCGAGUUUGUUUUAAAGCGGUUGCGCGGUCUGGAGUUUCUGUUACGCUUCAACGUCGGUAUUUCUAAGUUACUGUUGGAUGUGUUUUCACUCUACUGCAUUUCAAUAAGAACCGAAGUGUCAAUGAAGCGUUUUGACAGCCGUUAGCUAUUCAUCCUUGCAGGCUAGACAGGUAGCUUAUCCGCCGGACCACACGCCGGUUUGGUUGCAGUGCCAACUCGAUCGUGUCGGUUUGAUCUCAGCAAACAGGUAACACAGGUAACUGUUUAAGCCUUUUAAUACACGAACGUGUCUGUUACAAGUGCAGGUCGCCACCUCUAACUAACAGCAAGCAAGGGCUGCAUACUAGCCAGCCAGCUAACUUAACGUCAGACCAGGUCGUAUGAAGUACUCGGUAACGUGUGUGGACUUGUGCGAGCAUUAGAUACAGAGUCUAGAUAUGAUUGACAACGAGAAUAUGUCGACGGGAGGUGACCUAUCCGCCAAGGAUCCCAGCGAGCAGAAGAGCGAGAACGAGAGAAAGAAGAGGUCUAGAGUGAAACAGCUGUUGGCAGAAGUGAAGAAGCAAGUGGAGUUUUGGUUUGGGGACGUAAACCUCCAGAAGGACAGGUUUCUGAAGAAGGUCAUUGCACAGUCAAGAGAUGGUUAUGUUGAUAUUUCUCUUCUGAUGACAUUCAAUCGAAUGAAAAAGUUGACCACGGAUGUCAAGUUGAUAGCUCGAGCGCUCAAAGACUCUGCAUUGGUAGAGGUUAAUCUGGAAGAAACCAAAGUAAGGCGAAGACAUCCAUAUGAGGGAUGUACAAAAAACGUAGACGACUGCACAGUAUACGUCGAACUUCUACCAAAAAAUGUUACGCAUGUUUGGAUAAAACGAGUAUUUAAUAAAUGUGGGAACGUGGUGUACAUUAGCAUCCCCAAGUUCAAGACUACAGGGCAUACCAAGGGUUUUGCGUUUGUUGAGUUUGAGACACAAGAGGAAGCACAGAAAGCCAUUGAGAUGUUGAACAACCCCCCUGAGGAUGCUCCAAGGAAACCAGGCAUCUUCCCAAAGACAUUUGCGAGAAAGCCUAUUCCUUUUCCAGUGUUCCAGGAUGGCACACAAGAUGAAGAUGAGGAUGGCAAGAAGAAGAAGAAAAAGAAGAAAAAGCCUCGUGGUGAGCCGAAGGGGAGUUCCGCUGAAGAAAUGGUGACGGAGAGCGCGGCCGAGGCGACAGGUGCCGCGACGGCCGAAGAGGAGGGUCGGGAGAGAGCCCAGCAGAGCGAGGGCGGCGCAGCCGAUGAGAGUUCCAGCAAGAGGGCAGAGAAGAAACGGCGCCGGUCCUGCAGCGCAGAGGGGCGCGCAGAGGGCGAGCAGGAGGAGAUGCCGUCAAAAAUGAGGAAGCUGGACGAGGAAGGGAGUGACCUGAACGAGAUGAUAUCCGAGAACAAAGAAAGCAAGGAGGAGGAUGGAAAAACGGAUGAGAAGGAUGACUCCUUAUUGAAGGCCAAGAGGAAGAGAAAGAAGAAGCACAAGGAAAGGUUGAAAAUUGAGGAAGAGGUCAUUCCCCUCAGAGUCAUUUCAAAGAAAGAGUGGCUGGAGCUGAAGCAGGAGUACCGGGAUCUGCAGAAGAUUUGUAUGUCUGAAUUGAAGAAGAACAUAUCCGGCAUCAGUCAAACACAUCAAGCCUGGGAAAAGAGUAAACCUGAAAAUGAGGCUGUUAGCCCUCAGUUUGAGAGUGGAGUUAUAGUCAAAAUCACCCACAGUCAACCUCUGCCAUCCAGGAAGUGUGUCAAGGACGCGCUUUCCGAGGUGUCCACUGUGAAGUACGUGGAUAUCCUCAACGGCGAUGCAGAGGGCUAUGUCCGUUUUGAGACCCCCACGGAUGCGAAAGCAGUGAUUGCUGCUAAUUCCGAACUGCAGAAAAAAUACGACUGGAACCUGGAGAUCCUGACUGGUGAUCACGAGCAAAGGUACUGGCAGAAGAUACUGGUGGAUCGACAGGCUAAGUUAAAUCGGCCCAGGGACAAAAGGCGAGGCACAGAAAAGCUCAUUUCUAAGGCUGAUAAAAUCAUCAUUGCUCAGGCCAAGAAGGCGAUCAAGCACAUCCAUUUUGAUGACUAGUGGUCUUGGCAACCAUUUUGUUUCUUAUUUUUAAGCAUAUUUGAAGCUUCAAAAUAAAGCUUUUUUCCAUUUUGUAAGUCUCUACACCAUUAUUUAAAUGCUUUGAUUUGAUUUUAAUGACCUUUUAUUAUUCCUUAUCAUUAAUUUUUUGUUGUUUAAAAAUGGUUGAUGUCCAAGUUGCCUGAAACCUGUAUUUUUUAUUUUUUUUUUUUGGAGGGGGGGGGGGUGUGUAGCUUACUGAUAUUUAAUAUUAUUGCAAAAGCCUACAUUUUUAAAAAUGUAGUAAUUAUUUUGACAAUUUGUAGUAUUUUUACAAUGGGAGACUUUGUAUAUGUAGCUUAAAUAUGAAGUAGUGAAUGUUCCAUUUUCCCACAAACUGAAAGAAGAUUCCUACUCAUGCUUCCAAAUGAAACAGGAUGGUAUUGAGCAGUGUUUUUCUUUCUUUUUUAAAUAAAUUAUUUUUAAUGAAUAA